UUCUUGCAUUUUAAACAAUUCUCAUAUUUUGUUUCUUAGGGUCAUGAUGAAGAAGCUGUUGUGGAUAUGGGCAAAACCAGCUCUACUGUCAACACAAACUUUGAGAAAGAAGAACUAGAGAGCCAUAGAGCUGUGUACAUUGGGCUACAUGUCCCAUUUGGAAAAUCAGGCCGUCGACGUCAUAGGCAUCGUGGACACAGGCAUCACAGAAGAAAAAAAGAUAAGGAAACAGACCAAGAUGAUGGACGUGAGUCUCCAUCAUAUGAUACCCCAUCCCAACGAGUGCAGUUUAUUCUGGGUACUGAGGAUGAUGAUGAAGAACACAUUCCUCAUGAUCUCUUCACUGAAAUGGAUGAACUUUGCUUCAGAGAUGGGGGAGAAUGUGAAUGGAAAGAAACAGCCAGGUGGCUAAAAUUUGAAGAGGAUGUUGAAGAUGGUGGUGAUCGAUGGAGCAAACCGUACGUGGCAACUCUGUCUCUGCACAGUCUCUUUGAACUGAGAAGCUGUAUUCUAAAUGGGACGGUUAUGUUGGACAUGAGGGCAAACACACUAGACGAAAUAGCAGAUAUGGUGUUGGACAACAUGAUUGCCUCUGGUCAGUUGGAUGAAUCCAGAAGAGAGAAUGUCAGAGAAGCUCUUCUCAAGAGACACCAUCACCAGAAUGAGAAAAAGUUCAGCAGUAGGAUACCUCUGGUUCGGUCCUUUGCGGAUAUAGGCAAGAAACAUUCUGACCCUCACUUGCUUGACCGAAAUGGGGAAGGCCUUUCAGCCUCCCGGCACUCUUUGCGAACAGGUCUCUCUGCCUCGAACAUUUCCCUGAAAGGAGAAAAUCGUUUGUCCCUCCUUCUCAAUUACCUUCUUCCUUCUUCAAGAGCUGGAACCCCAGCAGCUUCAAGGUGUACAACCCCAAUACCUACCCCUCAAAACACACCACCCUCCAGUCCUAGCUGCAGCCACCUGGCAACCACAAAUUCCCAGCCAAGUGAGCUCCAAUGUGAGGAACUGCUUGUGUCGCCUGCUAAUGAUGAUAUCCCCACAGUAAUAAUCCAUCCACCUGAGGAAGACUUAGAAGUUCAGGAAACGAAGACAGAGGAUAAUAUUGACAUAACACCAGGACUCCUGGCAUCUCCACAGUCUGCACCUGGCAACUUAGACAUUGGAAAAAGUGUAGACGUUAAAGGUAAUGGAACAGGAGGAAGCAGAGAGAACAGUACCGUUGAUUUCAGUAAGGUUGACAUGAACUUCAUGAGGAAAAUUCCUACAGGAGCAGAAGCAUCAAAUGUGUUGGUGGGAGAAGUAGAUUUCUUAGAAAGACCAAUUAUUGCUUUUGUGAGGCUGGCCCCUGCUGUACUUCUCUCAGGUCUCACAGAAGUUCCUGUUGCUACACGGUUUUUGUUUCUCUUGCUUGGCCCAGCAGGCAAGGGACCACAGUAUCAUGAAAUUGGAAGAUCAAUUGCAACACUUAUGACAGAUGAUGUAUUCCAUGAUGUUGCUUAUAAAGCGAAAGAUCGAAAUGAUCUGUUAUCAGGAAUUGAUGAAUUUUUAGACCAAGUGACUGUCCUUCCACCAGGAGAAUGGGAUCCAUCUAUACGCAUUGAACCACCAAAAAGUGUGCCUUCUCAGGAGAAAAGGAAGCUACCUAAAUUUCCAAAUGGAUCUACCCCUACUGGAGAGACGCUCAAAGAAGAGGGCCAUCAUGCUGGACCUGAGCUACAAAGGACUGGAAGGCUUUUUGGUGGUUUGAUGCUUGACAUCAAAAGGAAAACAACUUUUUUCUUGAGUGACUUCAAGGAUGCACUAAGCCUGCAGUGCCUGGCCUCGAUUCUUUUCCUAUACUGUGCCUGUAUGUCUCCUGUAAUCACUUUUGGAGGGCUCCUGGGAGAAGCUACACAAGGCAGAAUAAGUGCAAUAGAGUCUCUCUUUGGAGCCUCGUUAACUGGGAUUGCCUAUUCUCUGUUUGCUGGGCAGCCUCUUACAAUAUUGGGGAGUACUGGACCAGUUCUAGUAUUUGAGAAAAUAUUAUUUAAAUUCUGCAAGGACUAUGGUCUUUCCUAUCUCUCCCUACGAACCAGCAUUGGUCUGUGGACUUCAUUUUUUUGCAUUUUAUUAGUAGCAACUGAUGCAAGCAGCCUUGUAUGUUACAUCACUCGAUUUACUGAGGAGGCCUUUGCAGCACUCAUUUGCAUAAUAUUUAUCUAUGAGGCAUUAGAAAAGCUUUUUCAUUUGGGAGAACUGUACGCGUUCAAUAUGCACAAUGACUUGGAUAAACUGACUUCAUAUUCAUGUGUAUGUUCUGAGCCUCAAAACCCCAGCAAUGAUACUUUAGAGAUCUGGGCAAAAAGCAAUAAGUCUGUGGAUACCAUAACAUGGAGUAACCUGACAGUUUUGGAAUGUAAGACGUUUAAGGGUGCAUUUCUUGGAUCAGCUUGUGGUCAUCAUGGCCCAUAUAUUCCCGAUGUUCUGUUUUGGUCUGUCAUAUUAUUCUUUACAACAUUUUUCCUCUCCUCUUUUCUCAAGCAGUUCAAGACCAAACGCUAUUUUCCUACCAAGGUGCGCUCUACAAUCAGUGACUUUGCUGUGUUUCUAACCAUCAUGAUCAUGGUUCUGAUCGACUACCUUGUUGGAGUUCCGUCUCCUAAGCUGCUUGUCCCUGAGAAGUUUGAACCCACUUCAAAAGACAGGGGAUGGUUCAUAGAUCCCCUGGGAAAUAAUCCUUGGUGGACACUACUGGUAGCUGCUGUUCCUGCUUUACUCUGUACAAUUCUUAUUUUCAUGGAUCAACAGAUCACAGCAGUAAUCAUAAACAGAAAGGAGCAUAAGUUGAAAAAAGGCUGUGGCUAUCACCUUGAUCUGCUUGUGGUUGGUGUUAUGCUGGGGAUAUGUUCCCUCAUGGGCUUGCCUUGGUUUGUGGCUGCAACUGUCCUGUCUAUAAGUCAUGUCAACAGCCUAAAAGUCGAAUCUGAGUGCUCUGCCCCAGGAGAGCAACCAAAGUUCUUGGGAAUCCGGGAGCAACGAGUAACGGGGCUCAUGAUUUUUGUUUUAAUGGGGUUAUCUGUGUUCAUGACCUCUGUAUUAAAGUUUAUUCCAAUGCCGGUUUUGUAUGGCGUCUUUCUUUACAUGGGAGUAUCUUCACUAAAGGGCAUCCAGUUUUUUGACCGUAUAAAAUUGUUUGGAAUGCCUGCCAAACAUCAACCCGAUUUGAUUUAUCUGCGUUACGUGCCACUUUGGAAGGUCCAUAUCUUCACAGUUGUUCAGCUCACCUGUCUGAUUCUUUUAUGGGUAAUCAAAGCUUCUGCAGCUGCUGUUGUUUUCCCCAUGAUGGUUUUAGCAUUAGUGUUCAUUCGCAAACUCAUGGACUUGUGUUUUACCAAACGAGAGCUUAGUUGGCUUGAUGAUCUUAUGCCAGAAAGUAAGAAGAAGAAAGAAGAUGAUAAAAAGAAAAAGGAAAAAGAAGAAGCAGAGCAAAUGCUUCACGCAGGGGACAGUGAAAGUAUGCACCUUCCAUAUGGAGGAGGAAAUAUCUUAACGAUUCCUGUAAAGACUAUGAAAUACAGCACUGAUCCCUCAGUUGUAAACAUAUCAGAUGAAAUGGCCAAAACUGCACAGUGGAAGGCCCUUGCCAUGAAUACUGAGAAUGCCAAAGUAACCAGAGCUAACCUGAGCCCUGAGAAACCAGAAAGUGUGCAAAUAAACAUGGAAGGUUCAUCAGGAAUGAAGUAUGUGGAUGCUGAAACAUCACUGUAGAAUCAAACCAAGGGGAAUUAUGUACCUGUGUAUUUGUAUAUGUAUAUAUCAGUGUAGGAUAUCAUAUAAUUGAAAUGUGAUUUCCAUGUUUCUUUAGGAAAUAUCAUACAUUUGAUUCUACAGCUGUUAGCACUGUAGAAAUUAUCUUUGUAUAAUGAGAUUUUUCAUACAAGAAAGAUGAGUGGUGAUUACACUUAAAAUAUUUAUUUUAUUGGAAAUUUUAUUUUCAUUUUUAAAUAGGAAUAUUGAUUGAAAUGAAUACAUAUUCUUUUCGGUAAUCAAUGCAUAAAGUCAGGUCAGUUUAUGCUGAUAAUUUCUGGUCCACAUUUCUUUAGAAUUUUGUAAUACCUCUGUAUUUAUAAAUUGUACUAACUUUGUUUUUAGUGUAGGCAGUGACUUGGGUUUUUGCAGGGGUAAAACACCAAGUUUCUCUGGUUCCGUAGAACAAAUCUUAAUGUGCCGUUACAUCAACUACCACGUGUUGACUUUUCUCUGGUACAUGUUGAUGUUUGUUUGUUUUCCCUGAAUUCUGUCAUUCAUAUUCAUGGCAGUGGCCUUUUAACUAUAAAUCAGUAGGUGAUUGUCCUUUAAAAAAAAUUACAUCUUUUCAUUCUGUUUCUCAUUCCCCUUCACCUCCACUUUUUAAAAUCUAUUCUUAAUAUUCCCUUAUUAAUCAAUAGCAAUCCAGGUGCUGUAGGUUUAAUCCCACACCAGUAUUUGCCAUUUCUGGAAAAUCCAUGUUUAAACCAUGUAAAGUGGACUUCUAAACACAUUUGGUUUGGUUGAUGACAAUGUAUAUCUACUGUUUAUAGCAUAGUCUCAAACUCUUUUGAGAUUUGUUUUCUUCUCCCUUUGCAUGCAUAUACUUUCCAUUGACCCUAGUGGAAGGACCCAUAUGCUCAGAGAGAGAAUACUUUAGAGAAUCUUUAAAGCAUUUCAUGUUCCCAUCAGAAUGUCUUUUUCUUGCUUGACUUUUUAAUUACAGAGUACUUGACAAAAUUAGGAACAAUCGGUUAUAAUUCUGAAAUGGGUAAUCAGUAUUAUUUUAUGGAUUACAAAUGACUUUGGGUUUUGUGUUUACAGUUCUGAUCCUUUCCAUUGUAAAGGGCAUAUUGGAUAGCAUACUAACUUUAAUUUUUUUUUUUAAAAAAAGGUUUUAUUUAUUUUAAUUGGUAUGAAUCUUAAAUGCUGUAAACAAAUUUAAAUAAGUAAAUAGUCAUUUAAUAAUGAGAAGGCAUUAGUUAUUGUAUUGGUACUUUCAAGCUCUGAUGCAUGCUGGUAUCUGAGUGAAUAGUAUGAUUUUACUAAAGUUCAAGAUCUUGACUAUUUGCCUGCUAUUUCUUUUCUUUGUUGAUAUCCGUUGCCUUACUUUUCAUUUCCCAAAAUGAGCUCUCUGAAGUCUGAGCUGCUAACAGCAUAUUUUGGGUCAAUAACAAUAGUUUAAAAUAUAAAUGGCAUUUAAAAUAAGAUGGUGUUAUGUGAGAUAAUUCUAUUUCUGAGGAAGUGUAAUGAGUUUUACCUUUCACUUUAUGGUAAAACUCAUUAACUUCAAAGAGAGCAAAGUUAGGCCAAGGCUAAGCACUUCUGAAGACGACACUGAAAAUGGAACUGGGUGCUGACCCACCAGCUAUUUUGGAACGAAGAUAACAUUACAACAGAAAUAAAACAUUUGUUAGGUGUGAGUGGAAAUACUGAAACUGGCAUUAAAGUUAAACUUGAACUGUAAUCAUACUAUGGUAAAAUUGGUGCUGCUGUAGGUUAGGCUGUAUUUCAGGAAAAAUAAGUUUUUGGAAGUAAAUAGUAGUACAGAACAGUAUGAGGAAUGCUAUGUAAACUGACAGAGUAACAAUGACUGAAGUCUAUAAGAAAUGAGAUCUGACUAAUACAGAGUUGGGAAAGUUGUGGAUGUUUUCUGUGGGCAUUUGAAUAGUUUGUGCCUUACUUGAGCAGGUGCUCCUUCCAAAAAAAACAAAAACAAAACUCCAGACUAAACAACAACAUCUGGGUGAAACUAAAUAUCUGAAUUGCUGUGGGUUUUUUCUUCAAAAUUUUCCUCCACUUUUGUAAAGAGUGAAGUACAAGUCUGUAAGAUUGGUGUUUAUCAUUAGGUAGCCUCUUUGCUUAUGAAGGAAAAAAAGAAUACUUCUAGCAGUUUACGUAGCAGUUUCCACAAUGCUUUUUUACUUGCUGGUCUUCCUUUACCAUCUGACUCUUCCAUACUGACAGCUGUAUAAUAUUUCCAGACACCCAAACUGAUGAUAGAUUUUGACAUGUUUAACCCUUUGAUGCCAGAGUUUAGGGUUCCAUGACAUUAAGCAUUUUAAAACUGGCUUCUAGUGCCAAAGGGUUAAUGUUUUGGCCACUUUUACAGAAAGUGAAUAUUUUUCUAUUUAAGGGUGUUUUUAACCUCUUAAUCACAGUAUUCCUUUGACUGUUUAAUUAUGUAAAUGUUAAUUGGUGCCAGAAAUGCCAUGACUUGUGAAGCAGUUUACAUUGACCUUAUGUUUCAAUGUUCUGGUUAAUAACACUUCUUUUAACUUCUUCAUUAGAAUAGGACCCUGAUAUUAAGUGCAUAAAACCCCAGUGGCAACUUGCAUUUAAGUAAUUUUCUGCUUUAUUUUGUUUUACAUAAAUGUUUCCUUCUCUGCUUAAAAAAAAAUCAUGCAUAGUAUUAAAGCAAAACAGUGAAGGACGCAGUUUACUGUGUGUAGGUAUAAAUGUUGCCUUAAUAGGUGUUAACAAGCAUUGAUAAUUACGGUGCGCUGAUUUACCUUUGGGGUGAAACCUAAGAAAAUUAAGUCAAUAUAUUUCUCAUUCCAACAGUAGAAUACAAUAAACAGCCCUGCACUUUUUUAGAUGCCUCAUUGCCAGGGAUGGAGUUAGUGCUACUGUGUAUCUGGCUGCAGAGCCACCUCAGGAAGUCCCUCUUUUGGUCCUUUUUUAAUUUAUUUAUAAAGAUGUAUGUUUACAUAAAAUAAGGUUCUUAAUUUUGACCACUCAAUUUAAAUAUCACCUGAAAGGUUUAAUUUACAAAGCACUGUCACUACUUUUAAAUAUAUUCCUUUACAAAAACUCAUCCUUUUUAGUAUUUUUUCCUAUACAUAUUUUUAUUUCUGUUUACGUGCCCAUGUUUAUGACACUGCCCUCCUUGUUUUAAUUUGCAGCUGUUACAUAUAAUUAUUUAAUGAAAAAUCCAAAAACAGAUUGCCAAGUUUAUCACAACAAAAUCUGUAGGGAAGAAUUUGAUACGCUAGUGAGUUGUUCCCCACCCCCAGCCAGUUGUUCUGAUUUUUUUUUCUUAUUUAAACUUUCCUGUUUUUUUUAAUUUACUUCACAUACAUCUAUCUAUAUACAAUAGUUUUAUAACUUGUGCCCUUUGCAAAGGCAGGUUCAAAAUGCUGUAAAAUAUAUCUGUAACAAAUGUGUAAUGUAACAGAGCCUGCACAAUUUUAGAGGGUGUGUAUUGUAUAUAAGUUCUGUAAAUGUGCAAAAUAAUUUAAUUGGCUCAUAGUGUUUUAAAUUCACAAAUUUUAGGUUUUGUCAUAACACCAUGUAUUGAUUCUAAUUUCCUCUUAUUUCAUGAUUAGUAAUGUUUUAGUCAUGUAGGUCGCAUCAAUUUUUAUAGGACAGUACAAAUUGUGUGUGAAAGUGUUUUCUGUUUAUACCAACAAUAAUUUAUUUUAUAGAGAAUAUACUUAGGACUAAAGGCCCACAGCUUUGACUCUAUGUAAAAGUAGUGCUCUAAAUACAAAAACAUUUCCUAGUGAUUUUUUUUAAAAGAUAAAUCAAUUUUAUUUUGUAACUUUUUAGCAAAAUUGUCAACUAUAGGAAAAGCUUUUAGUUGGUAUUUAUAGUAACCUAACUUUUUCUUCCAUAUUGAAUUUAGUACAUAUUGGCAUUGAUUUGGAAUAAAGUGUUUUGAAUAUCAGGGUUUUUUUUUUAAAUGAUGACACAUUGAUAAGAGAAGACAUGUCAUUUUGUAACUUUCCUUUACCUUCCUGAUGCAUUGUCUUUGUGCAAGCGCGUCUUCCGAUUUUGUUAAGCAUAUUUAAACUGAACAAAAAAAAAUUAGUUUUAAUAGUCAUUAUCAAAUAUCACUGGAGAUACGACACUCACAGUCCAGUUUUUUAUGACUGCUUUUCUAAUUACAAGUGAUGUUUUGUUGUUUUAUAAUAUAAUCCAAAACUAGUUCUAUAUUAUACCAAUGUAGAAACCAAUAUUGAGUUCAUCUAAAGGAACAUUUUUAUUUUUCUGACAUGUCUCAUGCGAAAGAUCCUCCAGCCUUUGUAAUUUGUUUUAAUUACCAGUAGAAUAAAUUUCUUUUUGUAAUGUUUCAAAAAGUUGACAAAAGCAAUAAAAAUCUACUGAACU